CUUAUUACCAUUAAGUAUUUAAUUCAAUUAGUUUAGUUUUAUGUUGGCAACGCUGUUCAUGUUUGACAUUUCAAGUGUGGUUAAUUCGUCGAAAAAAUGUUAAAACCGAAGGCUUUGACGCAAGUUUUGAGUCAGGCGAACACCGGAGGCGUCGAAAACACCUUGUUAUUGAACCAGGAGGGGGCCCUCUUGGCGUACAGUGGCUACGGUGACAGAGACGCCCGAGUGACCGCAGCCAUCGCUAGUAAUAUUUGGAGUGCGUAUGAGAAGAACGGCCGAAAUGCUUUCAGAGAGGAGCACCCCCAAAUGGUCCUAAUUGAGUGCACUGAUGGACGCAUUGCCAUAACCCAAGUCGCGAAUUUGUUGCUCUGUUUGUAUGCUAAAAAUAACGUGGGGUUCGGGAUGUUGAAAGAAAAGGCAAACGCUUUGGCGAUUUAUUUGGAAAAUCCACUGAAACAAGUGGCCACGUCCUAGGUUAAGGUUUCUUUUAAUAAAUUGUUUGAUUGCA